UGUUCAAUUACUUAGGGGGAAAAACCCGAGCUUCUCAAACGUAUUAGCUCAUUUGGGCGUUUCAAUUACGGAGUACAUACUAGGAUUAGGAGGCUGUUGCCCAAAAAAAAAAAGAAUUAGAAGUCUAGGACCGUAAUUCCAAACUCCUUAAUCCUCGACUCUCUUUCUCUCUCCUCUCGCCAGUCGCUUCUUAUAAACUAGAUUCAUUACUUGCGCAACACACCGUCUCUCCUCCCUUCACCACACUCCCCGGCAACUCUCUCCGCCGCAUCAAACACCAUCUACAGCUCAUACGAAGCAGACGAAUCAGUCUUAGCUUUAAUGGCGUCGGCAUCUGCGACGGCGAUGGUGGAAGAUCCAAACUUCCAGGAUGACCAGCUCGCCAAUUUGACCACUGAAGACAUCGCUAGGGCUUCUCGCAUUCUUGAUAACGAGAUUCGCAUCCUUAAGGAGGAUGUGCAGAGGACGACUCUAGAAUUGGAUUCGUUUAAGGAGAAGAUUAAGGAGAAUCAAGAGAAAAUCAAGCUUAAUAAGCAACUUCCUUACCUCGUCGGCAACAUUGUUGAGAUCUUGGAAAUGAAUCCAGAAGAUGAAGCUGAAGAAGAUGGUGCUAAUAUUGAUCUUGACUCACAAAGAAAAGGAAAGUGUGUUGUUCUCAAAACAUCGACUAGACAGACAAUUUUUCUGCCUGUUGUUGGACUGGUUGAUCCUGAUAAGCUGAAGCCUGGUGAUUUAGUCGGGGUCAACAAAGAUAGUUAUCUGAUCCUGGACACACUGCCGUCAGAAUAUGAUUCUCGAGUAAAGGCUAUGGAGGUUGAUGAAAAACCAACUGAGGAUUACAGUGACAUUGGAGGCCUGGAGAAACAGAUUCAAGAGCUUGUCGAGGCUAUUGUUUUGCCAAUGACUCACAAAGAGCGAUUCCAGACAAUAGGAAUCCGUCCACCCAAAGGAGUGCUUUUGUAUGGUCCUCCUGGAACUGGGAAAACUCUCAUGGCUAGAGCAUGUGCAGCACAAACAAAUGCCACAUUUCUGAAGUUAGCAGGCCCUCAGCUUGUUCAGAUGUUCAUUGGAGACGGAGCAAAGCUUGUACGUGAUGCUUUUCAACUUGCAAAAGAGAAGGCUCCUUGCAUCAUAUUUAUUGAUGAAAUUGAUGCCAUUGGUACUAAGCGAUUUGACAGUGAAGUGAGUGGCGACAGGGAAGUGCAACGAACUAUGUUAGAGCUGCUAAAUCAACUUGAUGGUUUCAGUAGUGAUGAAAGGAUUAAGGUGAUUGCCGCUACCAACAGGGCCGACAUUCUGGACCCGGCGCUCAUGCGUUCUGGUCGACUGGACCGGAAAAUCGAAUUCCCUCACCCUACUGAGGAAGCCAGGGCGCGAAUUCUCCAGAUUCAUUCGAGGAAGAUGAACGUGCACCCGGAUGUCAACUUCGAAGAGCUGGCUCGCUCCACAGAUGACUUUAACGGGGCACAGUUGAAGGCUGUCUGUGUUGAAGCUGGUAUGUUGGCUCUUCGUAGAGACGCAACAGAGGUUAAUCACGAAGAUUUCAAUGAGGGGAUCAUUCAGGUUCAGGCCAAAAAGAAGGCCUCACUGAACUAUUAUGCCUAGUUCUCUUUUGUAUUCUUUUUGAGUUUUUACUUUGCAAAUAGGUUUGAUAUUGGUGACUCUGGUGGCUCAGAUGUUGUAUUUGCUGUUUUUAUGGUGGCUCAAUGUGUAUUGAUGAGAUUAUUUAUUUUCUGAGGGCGUCAUACAUGUGAUGUGAUCACAAUUGUGAUAGAAUGCCAAAUAGCAAGAUAAGUUUCUGUAGUCAUAACUUUGGAGUAGUUUUUUGAAAAGUAUAUUUUCCCA